GUCUGGCUGAGAAAGAGUAGGCAGCAUGAAAAAAAUAAAAAAAAACCACUGAGCAUGACAGAAAGCUGAGGAGGGAGAUGCACUGAGGGGAGAGAAAAAAAAGAGGGGGUGUUGCUGAGGAGGAGGGAGUCUGAGAAACAGAUUUAAAACAGUGAGAACUGCAGGCAUUUGUGAGCACAUGGAAACAGCAGCCAGAGCUGGAACAAAGAGCCGAAAGAGAGCACAAGAAUCCAUCAGCUUUACAGCGACACACAGAAAUGGCCUCACUGCGCAGGAACUUAACCGCACUCCUCUUUUUGGUUUUGCCUCUCAUCCACUCCCACCUCUCCGCUCACGCUGCCACCACCUCUCCAACCACAACUCGCCGACGGAUCAAAUUCAUGACGAUCGGGGGCUCGCCUGAUGACUACACGGAUGAGUAUGACUACGACUACAGCGCUCCUCCCAAAGUGGUGGCCUACUCUCUGAAGACUCCCCUUCUGGCCAGCAGGCCUAAGCUGUGUCCGUAUGACCCCUGCUCGGAGAGUCAGGCGCCCUGCGAGCGUCUCUCUGCCGACGUUGGGUGCCUCUGUCCUGGGAGGAGUGGAGGCGAUGUGCCUCCCCGUGCGCCACGCAUCCAAACGUUGCUGCCCGUCGCUGAAGGAGAGAACGUAGGGAAGGUGGAGGUACAGUGGUGUGCGCCAUCUUCUGUGGUGUCUUCUUACAGGGUGGUUGUUGAGGGCAGAGCUGAUGGCACGCUGGAGUUUGGGGGUGCUUCGCGGCGAGGUUUGAUGGGAUCUUUGGAGGCCGGGACGAAGGUGUGUGUGCAAGCUGUGAACGCCGCAGGAGAGAGCAGUCCCUCGGACUUCUCCUGCAAGAGGUAUGACCACACGGACUCUUUCAACAAUAAACUACUGAUCUGGAUCGUAGCUGGAGGAGUCGCCUUCCUCCUCGUCGUUAUAUUGGCUGUGAUUCUCUGCAAAUGUCACAAGCAUCAAAAGGCAAAGCGACACCGGACUGAAGGGCUGAAGGAGACCUGUCCUACAGUCUGUGACACCGUCCACUACAAUCCAGCCUUACAGAACAAACCACUUGGUCUCUCAGACAAAGAAACCUUUGCUUUACAAACAGAAAAAGUUGUUUAAACUGCUGUUUUGAGGAGUACUAACAAAACUUUGAAAAUGUCGAUUAACAGGUUAUAACUACAGGUUCAUUUGCUGGCAAAUUAACUUCUGUAGACUUAAUGUAGAGCUUUUUUAUUUUUGUCCUAUCUAAUUUUAAUUGUUCGUUUGAAAUCAUGGAGUUUAUGUUUCUGACCUAAAUGUUUAAAAUAAAAUUAUUUUGAUAUAAAAAA